AUGAACGCAACCGCCGAAAUCCUGAAGGGCAACAACCCCAUGAAGGUUGAACAGAUCUUUGGUCCCGACAUCAAACCUUAUGAGGUACUUGAGUUUGAGUCGAUGCUGCGAUAUGAAGAUUUUCAGAUGUUCAGCGAGUAUGGGUUUCAAAAAAACGGGCGGGUCAUCAUUACAAGGGCACCGGCACGACUAGAUGUAAUGGGCGGAAUUGCGGCACACUGUGGUGCUAACGUCCUUGGAUUGACACUUGAACGUUCUGCGGUUGUCGGUUGUCAGGCGAGGCAAGACCGUCGAUUGAGUGCCUUAAGUUUUGACACGGCGAUACACGGAUAUCAGUCCGCCUUCCAGAUCUCCAUUGACGAUUUCUACACAGAUGGGAACCUAAAAUCCUACGGAGCGUGUCCAAUCGCUUUUCGCGCAAAACCCACAAGCCCCAUGGACAGGAUAUGUCCUCGGCGGGUUUUUCGCACUCCUGAAAGAGGGGCUGAUCGAUUGUCUGCCGCACGGCGUGGCGGUUGUUGUUAA